UCUCUGGAAGAAGCGAGAGACGACAAAUGACGGCUGGUCGUCAGUUACUCGUCGAUAUACAUUGUAGGUGACGGUAGGAUAUCUGUUAUGCUGAAACAUUAUACAUUAUAGUAAACUUCCUCUUCGCCACAUCGAUGUUUGUGGAUAACCUGAAGUUGGCGUGUCUUUGAACGUAUUUCCAGGUAACGUUACGAAAAUGCCAUUGCAUGGGAAAAUAGUCGUGAUUAAGAGGAGUGGGGGAGAUGGGACUGAGUUUCCUCUUACUGCAACAUGCUUGUUUGGAAGGAAGCCUGAUUGCGACAUUCGUAUUCAGCUUCCUCAAGUCUCCAAGGAGCACUGCAGAAUCGACUUGAAUGAAAAUAAAGAGGUUAUUUUGACAAAUUUGAGCGCAGUGAAUCCAACUCAGGUCAAUGGAGAACCUUUGCAUCAGUCUGAACGUUUGAAACAUGGAGAUGUGAUAACUAUUAUUGAUCGUUCUUUCAGGUUUGAGUACCCUCCAGCCCCAACACCAAAGAAGAGAUCUUCAGUAGGAGGCAAAACAGAAACCUUCAAAGUCCUUCAAGAUCAACAAGUGGUGGACACUGUCAUCACUGAAGCGAGUGAAAAGAGGAUCUCUGAAACGUCCACAGACCCUCAUCUGAAAGAUGGAGCUAACCAUGACAACAUUCUGCGAUCCAUGGAGAAAACUGUGGAGGUGGAGUCCAAGGAGGAUGAUUGCCUGCAGCAAAACAAGACCACCUCCCCCUUCAACGAUCUGUAUCAAAUGAUCAAAAAAUCUCUGGAUGUUAAGACUCCUCGGAAAUCUUCUGUCAGUCUGCUUCAAACACCUUCCUCGAGGUUUUGCACUCCAAAACCUUCUUCAGUCAGAAAAAAUAGUGUUCUUUCAACCGAAGACAAAAGCAUACCUGAAAAGGAUCAAGCUAAAGUCUCUUCUGGAGCUGAUGAAACUAAGGGAGGAGCUGAAAAUAUUGGAAAUGGAACCCCAAAGUCUGUUAAGAAGCAGCGGAAGUCCUUCCAGGUUCCUUCUGAGGUGGCCAAACUCGAAGCUGAAAAUGCUGUGACAUCUGUGGCAACUUCACCGCUUAAGAGAAACCGUGCAACCCCACAGAGGUUUACUGUGUGUGAAGUUAUUGAGCAAGUUUCUGCUCAAACACCCAAGUCACCUAUGAGAAGGAGAAGCAAGGAGACCACACCAGCCAAACCUGCAGUGACUUCCCCCAAAACAGAGCAUCUCAGGAAGCCAUCACCAAGGAACUCUGGGAAAGUUGAAACGGUUACAGCGGUGCCAAGAAAACGCAAAAGUGGGGAACUUGCAGCUGACUUGCCCUUACCACAAAUGAAGAAAAAACGAGUUUCCUUUGGAGGUCACCUGAGCCCAGAGGUAUUUGACAAACGACUGCCUCCUGACUCUCCAUUACGCAAGGGGGCCACUCCACGGAGAAGCUUGAGUCUGUUUAAACCCAAACAGUCGCUUCUUAGACGAGCAUCAGUCAUUGGCUUGCUACAGGAGUAUCCAGACCAAAAUGUGCAAAGCCCUACAAAAAUGAGUCCAUCACCUAAGAAGUCAAGUGCCAAGAAUCCUUCUCCCAAGACUCCAUCACCUGGCAAGAAGUCACAAAAAUCAAGCGCCUCUUCUCCCAAGGCAGCAACUCCUGCAAAGAAGUCACCCAAAUCAAGCGCCUCUUCCCCCAAGGCAGCAACUCCUGCAAAGAAGUCACCCAAGUCAAGCGCCUCUUCCCCCAAGGCAGCAACUCCUGCAAAGAAGUCACCCAAAUCAAGCGCCUCUUCCCCCAAGGCAGCAACUCCUGCAAAGAAGUCACCCAAAUCAAGCACCUCUUCUCCCAAGGCAGCAACUCCUGCAAAGAAGUCAACAAAAUCAAGCGCCUCUUCUCCCAAGACAGCAACACCUGGAGCACAGUCAUCAAAAUCAAAGAGCCCAUCUCCUGCAAAGGGUAGGUCUCCCUCUAGAAUCAAAGUGGAAACCCCAGGUGUCCAGACCCCGACAGUACAAGGGCGUUUCUCUGUAUCACGCAUCAGCACUCCAUCUCCAGUUGCAGAAGACACUGUUACUGCCCAGGUGCCUUCAGUCAGUGUAACUCCUAAAAUACCCCUGAGGAGGAAGAGCAUGAAAAGCACCUCACGGAAGACUCAAAGUACAACAAAGAGUGCUGUAAAAUUAAUGUGCAGAAAAAGUGGCAUUUCACGGGCAUCCCUGAAAGCACUGAAGUCUUUUGCAGACACUGUGAAAUUUGGGCAAACUAAGGCUCAAGUGGCUGCUCCAGCUAAAAAACCUGUCCUCAUCAAAACAAAGAAGAAGGCUGUGCCCAAACCCCAGACCCCUGCAAGAAAACUCAAAGAUUAUGUGAGCACCGGACAUGCAAAUUCUCCUGUUACCAUUGUUGUGGGCAGAGCUCACAAACAGAAGGUUGAGCAUCCAACUGGUGCUGCACCACAACUGGUCACCAACAUGGCAGUCCUGAAAAGGAACAUGAAAAUGGAUGAGGACUUGACUGGAAUUUCUGAAAUGUAUAAAACACCUAUAAGUGAAAGGCAGAAGAGAUCUGUAAUCAGUGAAGAUUGUGCCAUAAAGUCAUCAGUAGGAAGUUUGGGUACAUCUAUGAUGGAACCAUCAGUGUUGAACACACCAGAGGAGCCAGGUGAAAUGGUGGUGUCACCGCUGAGUGUUUCAUCUAUAGUAAAAGCUAGAAGUUACAGCAGUGAGGCAGUCCAGCGUCUCUUUAAUGGAGAUCAAGAAUCUAGCUUCAUCAGUGACAUGCCUGCUUCGGAGACUCACUCUGACUCCAGUGAACAGCAGAGCAAUGACUUGACAGUGACCACAUCAACAACUCCCAAACAGAAGCCAGAAUUACCAGACUGUCUCACAGGAGUGAGGAGGAUCAUGAAGACCCCAAGACAGCAGGCUGAACCAGUUGAGGACUUGAGAGGAAGACUUCUGAAAACUCCCAAGCAGAAAAUUGAACAGCAGGAGUGUCUCACUGGAGUGAAGAGGAUCAUGAAGACCCCAAGACAAAAAGCUGAGCCUGUUGAGGACCUACGAGGGAAGAUUCUGAAAACUCCUAAGCAGAAACCUGAACAACAAGAGUGCCUCACUGGAGUUAAGAGAAUUUUCAAGACCCCACAACAGGAUGCUGACCUUCAAGGAAAACUUGUGCAAGCUCCCAAAACUCUAGAGGCUGGUGAUGUUAAGGAAAUCACAGAGACUCCAGCACACAUGCUAGUAUCUGAAGAUGUGCCUGAGAUGACAGGCAUGAAAACUCCAAACUUGAAGAGGUCCCCAUUGGUGUGUCUCACAGGUAUCAAGAGAAUAAUGAAGACACCAAGGGAAAAAGGAGCUCCAGUUGAAGAUAUGGUUGGUGUGAAGAGACUUAUGAAAACUCCCAGAGAAAAAAUUGAACCUGUAGAGGACAACUUUGGUAUCAAGAGACUCAUGAAAUCACCAAGACUGAGGGGUAACGGACCAGUAGAAGACUUUGAGGGACUUAAAGAGCUCAUGGAGGAGCCAGUGCCUGCAGCACAACUGGAGAUGAGUGUGGUUCAAGAUCACACACCACCAGGUUGUGGAUUAGAAGUUGCAAAAGAAGCAGAUGCAAGUGAAAUUAUCACUGAUGACCACUCAGAGCAGGUGUCAAAAGUUGUGGAAUCUAAACCAUCGGAGGAUAAACAGGAGGUAACAGAACGUUCUGAAGAUCCUGUUGUCCCUGCUCCAGUCAGAGGAAGAAGAGGGAAGAAAACUGAAGCUGCAGCACCACCUGCUGUUAGUCAAACCAGAAGAGGCAGAAAUGCAAAGAACACUGAAAGCAAGGAUGUUGAGCUCACUAUGGAGAAAACUGCCUCUCUGCCUGCCAAAGUUGCCCCUAAGCUUAAGAGAGGAAGAAGUGCCAAACAAGCCUCUGAUGAUCAAGCUGAAAGGGUCCAGGAGGUUGCCACUGAAAUGAUGCCAGAACCUCAGAGUGAAAAAAAUAGCCCUGUUGAUGUCGACGAUAAAGCAAAUAACAGUACAGCACCCCUGGAGAAAGCUGUUUUGAAGCCCAAACGAGGGAGGAAAACUAAGCAAUCUGAAAAGCCUGUGCCAGAGCAGUCAGAUAUGCCGUGUCCUCAAGGUGAUGAUCUUCCACAAGCUGACAUGGCAAAAGAAACGGAUGCAAACAAAGUCUGCAGUAACCAGCUGGAGGUGGUACCCAAUGGAGGUGAUGAAAACAAAUCAUCAGAUACUAUGGAAACUGUUCCCCAGGCACCUGCAGUUGAGACUCUCCAAGUGGAGAGGGCAACUUCUGAAGAGACAGAAAUGGAAGUCGCUGUUGCCCCGAAGAAAUCUGUUCGAGGCAGAAGAGUGAAAGCGGUGGAAUCUAAAAAAGCAGCUGAGGAUAAACAGGAGGUAACAGAACAUUCUGAAGCUUCUGUUGCUGCUGCUCCAGUCAGAGGAAGAAGAGGGAAGAAAACUGAAGCUGCAGCACCACCUGCUGUUAGUCAAACCAGAAGAGGCAGAAAUGCAAAAUCUCAAGAAAGCACAUCUGAUGAUCAGCCUGAUAUGGUGCCAGAGAAAGCUGUGGAAACAGCACCAGCAAAUGAGCUUACCACUGAAGCUGCAGGUGACCAGACCUCUCCAGUAAAUGCCCAUCAAGAAGAAAAUGAUUCUGCACCCACUACAGAAGAAGUUGUUGUGAAGUCCAUCAGAGGGAGAAAAACUAAAACACCUGCUCAACCACCUCAGCCAGAGCAAGAGAAGAAAGAAGUGGUGAGUGAGGAGCAUCUUAUGACAGAUGCUCAACCUCAAAAAUCCAUUCCAGCUGUUGGAAAACCCAGAAGAGGAAGAAAGACAAAAGCAGAUGCUGUUGAACAACACGAAGACUCAGUUGUCACUGUGGAGAUCAAGCAGCAGUCUCAGCCUCCAGUCAGGGCUAAGAGGGGAAGAAAUGCCAAACAGGAAGAAGAAAAGCCAGAGAGCAAUGUUGAGCCUGCUAAAUCCCAGGAGCCAGUUAAAAAAUUGAGAAGAACCAGGAAGGCAGAGCAAGACCGUGUAGAAGAGGUCCAAACUAUUGAAAUGGCUGUCCAAGAGGAGGCAGAAGCUCCACUUGUAGCUGAGCCGGUGAAGAUGAGUGAGCAGGCUGUCAGUGCUGCAAAACCCAGGAGAGGAGGAAGAAAAGCAAAACAGGACAGUGAGAGCGAAACCCUUGUUGAAUCCACUGAGGUCCAAGAGGUCCCUGUUGUCAGCUCCACAGACAAGCCUAAACGGGGUAGGAGAGGAACACAAGUUUCUGAUAAUGUUGAAGUCACUGCUGCAGCACCAGAGCAAAAACCUGACCAUAAGCUUGAUGCUGAAGAGAAAAAUAAUGCAGAGCUGGAAGCUCCAGUCAUUAAAUCUAGCAGGGCAAGGGGUGCGAAAAAUGAGGUUCCAGUAACCAUGCCAGCCAAACGAGCCCGUCGAGGUGCAGCUCCUCCCGCUGUGGAGACCACCGCUGAAUCCACAGUCCUGGUUUCAGAGUCCGCAUCAUCUUCAGUAGCACCAGCCAGAAGGGGGAGACGGGCAGCAGCGAAGCCUGCAACAGUUGGCACAGUGACCAGUGACCAAACAAAUCCCACCGAAGACUCAGGCAGUGCUGUUGAGGAAGAUGAACAAAUGUCCAAGAGAUCUGUCCAGUGGAAAACUGACGUUGAAGUCUUUGAGAUUCCAAAAGUAACACCCAUAAAGGCAGUUCGAGGUAGGAAGUCAAAACUAGGAGACCAAGUUGAGACCGAAAGCCGAAGUGUAUCAAUGGAUGCCAAUAAAACUGAAGAGAAGGAUCUCUCAGAUGAAGCUGCUGGAGCUCAGCCUGCCAAGAGAGCCAGACGAGGGGCAAAGAUUGCUGAUGAGCCCGCAACCAAGCUGAACAGUGCUGAAGCUGAGACGCAGCCAAAAUCCCGGAGAGGUAGAUCAGCGAAGAAAUAAAAGCAUCUGUAUAUAUUCUUAAUCAUAAUGACUUUAAUCAUUUUGUACUUCAUUCGUUGUUUUAGAUUGGCAUUUUAGAAAGUAGUUUUAUAGGCUGAAAAAAAAGGCACACUGCCUUCUUUUUUUUGUUUGUUUUUUUUUUUUAAAUACAGCAGGGAAUAUUGUGACAAGUGAUAUGUUCAUUUUUUCAUCAAUUUGCAUAUAUUUUUAUGUUGGAAAAAAGUGGUUAUUAAAUUUUUUUGUAUUUUGAAAAA